AAACUCACUCGCUUUUUAGCUGCGCCAAUUAUCUUUCCCUUAAACACCUCUUAUUACCCGCCGAGGCCAUACCACGGAUUGGGAAGUUAAUUCCGAGUCAUCUUGCUUGAACAGAGAAUUAAUUUAAACCCAACAAGUUUAAACAGCACUUUACAUAUCUUCAAUUCUUCUUUCAACAUUCAUUCUCAUCACUGACUGCCACUCACACCAACUUUGUGGGACGCUGCUGCAUCGUCAUCACUAAAAUUUCACUGCAUUCAUUAGCGAAUCGUUGCUAUUUUCGUCAUACGGGUAUUACACCCGUAGAGAUCGACCGUUAUCGUUCAGAUCAAUCAUGGGAGGUGAAGAAUCUUUACCAUCCUCUGUCGACAAUAUUGUCCCUAACAGACGUGAACCUUUCCACCGUCGCGUCAAAUCUUAUUUCACGACCGAGAUUGACGCUCCCCGUUCUACCGACCUUAUCUCUAUCUACGCCUGCUUCCUCACCGGCUUCACAUCUGCCCCUUCCUUCACCGCUUGCUACGUUUGGUGUGGUUUCCAGACAGGAAAUGUCGCUCAAUUAGGAGUGGCCAUUGCCCGAUGUUUUGCCCCAGGAUCGAGGCGGACGUUUGGCUUCCAGAAGCCCGAUCAGCAGGCCUUGACUAGUCUGUUGAGUUUCUGGAUAGGGACAAGUUUAGGUCGAUUUGGAGAUUGGUCGGGUGCGAAAAAGAGGACAUGGCUGGCGAUUGCAACGUUACUGCAGGCACUUUUGGCUAUGGCAGCUGCUCUCACGGCUCAUUAUUCUGGUGAAAGCGGCAUUGCUUCGAGUCGAGAGGGACCAUCUUGGGCUUCACCUACCGGAAUGGCUGCUCUUGGGUUCCUGUCAGCAACAAUGGGAAUACAAGGCAUUGUAGGCAAGCGUAUCGCCAGUCCCAUGAACACUACUGUCGUUCUCACCACCACAUGGGUCGAAAUAUUUAACGAUCCCUUACUAUUUGCUUUCAAAUAUACACCCUCUCGUGACAUCCGUAUAGCGGGUGGUUUAUCGGUUUUACUUGGAGCCUUCGUCUCGCGCGCAAUACUCGAUGCGUCCUCUUCUGCUGGUGCCUGUGGUGUAUUGGCAGGAUUGAGGAUGAUCCAAUUCAUCUGGUGGUUCUUCAUCCCCGAUAAACAGGUAAAGAAAGUUGAGUCGAAAUAGGCGGUGGCAAUGAUAAGAGUCAUCAUAUUUCUUCCGGGAGGAUGGCUAUCAACGUUUGGGAUUCAAAUAAUGUUGUUACUCAAAAAGCGAAUAUGUGCAUAUAUACCAUUUAGUGGUCAAAUAUCGUGAUCUUGUUACAGCAUAUAUUACAACAAAUAACUUCGUUAUUUUACUUUUACAGCUGCGUGUUUAGAUGACUUUCUUCAAGAGCUGCUACAAAUCAAAUAGUAAUAAAUGUUAUGCGUAUAUAUUUGAGCCGUUGAACGAGCAGUCAGUCGACCCUCGAUGAUGAUGCACC